GUUAAAAUCUGAUUUUAAAUCGGAUUUUAAAUUUGAUGAAUUCUAUUAGAAAUAUUUGAAGUUUAUUUAUUGAAAAUUAAAGAUCUAUCGUAAAGAUUUAUCGUUGUAUAAUGAAGAGAGUUAUUAUUUUUGUUAAUGGAACUGAUGUUAAUGGUAAAGUGUUGGUAGUGACUCACUCGUUAGAUGAAUUAUUAAAGGCAGCUAGCGCAAAAUUUGAAAUAACUGCAAAAAGAAUUUUUACUUCGCAAGGUGGUGAAAUUGAUGAUAUUAAGCUUAUUAGAGAUGAUGAUAUUUUAUAUGUUUCAAGUGGGGAAAAUUUUAUACAUACAAGUAAAAUUUUGAACCAUAAUCAACUAAGCAAGAAUUCAGAAUGGAUUACACUGAAUGUUGGAGGAAAAUAUUUUACCACAACUAGGAAUACUUUAACCAAAAAAGAACCUAUGAGUAUGUUAGCAAGAAUGUUUACAGAAACUGGAUAUAGUGAGCAUGCUAUACAACCAAGUAGACAGGAUCAUAGUGGAGCAUAUCUAAUUGAUAGAAGUCCUACUUAUUUUGAACCAUUGUUAAAUUACUUGAGACAUGAUCAAAUAAUACUUGAUUCUAAUGUUAACGUAGCUGGAGUUUUGGCAGAAGCUUGUUUUUAUGGCAUUGAAGGCGCUAUUCGGAUCCUUACUACAAUGUUAGAAAAAGAAGAACUGCAAAAAGAGGGUCUUGUGUCUCUAACUCGCAAAGAUGUACUUAAAGCAAUUAUGUCUACAUCAACUAACGCAGAACUUAGAUUCCAAGGAGUUGAUUUUGUAAGAGCCGAUCUUUCGAAAUUAGAUCUUAGAAAUAUUAAUUUUAAGUACGCCAUUAUGCAUCACUGUAGUCUGGCAGGUGCUAAUCUAUCAGGAUGUUGCUUUGAGCGCGCUGAUUUAUCCCAUUCCAAUUUGCAAGGCGCACAACUUGUGUGCGUAAAAAUGUCAUGUGCAAAUCUAGCUGCAGCCAAUCUGCAUUCGUGUAAUUUUGAAGAUCCUGGUGGUUUGUCAGCAAAUAUGGAAGGUGUAAAUUUGAAAGGUGCAAAUCUUGAAGGCAGUAACAUGGCAGCCGUCAACCUCCGAGUAGCUACAUUAAAGAAUGCUAUUCUUAGGAAUUGCAUUUUGAGAUCAGCUGUUUUAGCCGGUGCCGAUUUAGAGUGCUGUGAUUUAUCUGGUUCUGAUCUACAAGAUGCAAAUUUACGCGGUGCAAAUUUAAAAGAUGCUGCUUUUGAGUUAAUGUUGACGCCACUGCACAUGUCUCAGACAAUACGAUAACAAUGAAUGUCAUGCUGCAUGUAUUACUGCA